AUGGCGACUCCAAGUCAGACGAAUAUUCCACCAGAUCUUUCCGGCGACGACAAAGCUAACCUUUUUGAAUUUCUUGAUGUUAAUCUCAACUCUACAAUUCUCCAUGCGCUGUUGUAUGGCAUAUACACCGGCAUUCUUGCUGUUACGUUGUGGAAUAUAUUCAUCAACAAAUGCUGGCCGAUCCGACGAGCCAUGGUCGCCGUUAUCAUUCUCCUCCAUGCUCUAGUUACGAUCAAUUUUACUGCCAAUUGGUCAUAUAUACGCUCCGCAUUCAUCGAAAACGGACAAAGCUUUCGGGCCAUAUAUUCGAAGCUUGAAAGUCCAGACCAGACAUACUAUUGGGAGACAUCAAUCGCAGCAUCUAUGAGUACCAUCCUCGCAGACUUAUAUAUGAUUUGGUGUUGUUGGAUGGUUUGGGGACGGCGCUGGCUUAUUGUUCUGCUUCCAAUAUUGUCCCUGGUUUCCGCGAUCGGUAUGGCCUUAGAUCCCAUCUACUCUUUUCUGUCGAGAAUCAUUGAAGUAUAUCAUGCAUACUUCAAUCCAUCCACUAAGUCAGAAUUAUUCCAAAUGCUUUACAUAUCCUUCAUCCUGGCGACGACAUUAUGGUGCACCUUGUUCAUCAUCUACCGCAUAUUGACUGUUGCCGGGAUUAGGCACAGAGAAGAGGGCCGACUGAGAGUUUAUCAUCGUUUCCUUGAAGUUCUAGUUGAAUCUUCAGCUCUUUACUCGAUAUCUCUGAUCCUAGAUUUGGCUUUCACUAUUCGGUACAAUUGGGGGGAGUUUUACCUUGACGUCAUCGCUGCCAUCGCGAAGGGAAUUGCUCCAACGCUCCUCGUAGGACGUAUGAAGACUGGGCAUAGGGCCCACCCAGAUGAUUCAUGGCAGGGAAGCAUGAUCGCAUCGGUUUCAAUCAGGUCGUGUUCGCAAGAGGAUAGUCAGACGAGCUUUCAGGAAGAUCGCUCGACGAAUCUAGUCCAUGAUGGUGAUCUUGAAGCUCAGCCAGAGAGCGGUGACCCCUCUACUGCAUUCUUCCCUGGACCUAGUGCGGUUGAUCACGCAUGCUCAAUCGCAGGACAUGGCGACUGUCUUGUGUAACUUUGCGAAUUGGCGCGCUCCCUCAUGAUGGUGAUCUCCGAGGACUCGGCUUGGGUUGCUGGGAGUUGGGCUUUGCUAAUUUUUGAGACGUCCCGCAGCGUAAAGCAGUCGAACACUCCUUCUCUCAGAUUUUAUAUCAAUUUUCUCACACUCCUCAUCCAUCUAUGAAUCAUUUGGAUUUUUAUUUAGUACAUUAUCU